AUGAGAGCGGACUCAAACGUUUUGUUCCUUGUGCCUUUGGCUUUGUUGUUCCUUAUUGCAAUUCCACAAUUGUGCUUGUGUGCAAAUUCAACAUCUGACCACACAAUGGAAGAGCGACAAGCACUUGAAAGUCUCAAAGGAAGUUUUUCCAACAGCUCCAUGUUUGUUUCUUGGGAAGGAAAUGAUCACUGCCAGUGGAAAGGAGUGCAAUGUGAUGCUAUCACCGGACACGUUGUCAAGCUUGUUCUCCAUUGGCAAAAGACAUGCAAUUAUCGUCGAAUCGGUUUUGUACGCACGUGCUCAACACAAAAUUCUAAUGGCGUUCACCCUUCUAUAUUGAAUCUGAAACACUUGAACUAUCUCGAACUCACAGGAAUUUCUUUUGGAAAUGGUCCUAUACCAGCAUUCCUUGCUUACAUGAAUCAGCUGACACAUCUUAACCUCUCUCACUGUGAUUUCAGGGAAAAGGUUCCUCACCAACUUGGUAAUCUUUCAAACUUGCAGGUUCUUGAUUUCAGUGGAAAUCCUUUAGAUGUUGAUGAUCUGGCUUGGCUUUCAAAACUUUCAUCACUGAAACACCUAGCAAUAAAUGGAGUGGGCCUUGGAGGGGCAUAUAAUCUAUUGCAGGUGCUUGAUACCCUUCCUUUCCUGUUGCAAGUAGAGUUUAGUGGAUGUGAUCUUACCAACAUGAACUUUCCUGCUGGCCAUGUUAACUCUACGUUUCUUGCCAAUGUUCAAGUUCUGAAUCUUGCUCAAAAUUUACUUUCUGACCCUGUUCCUGAUGCUUUUCUGAAUAUGAGUUCAAUUGUAGACCUCAACCUUGGUUACAACAAUCUCACUACACUUCCAAAUUGGUUGGUUAAUUUUGAUGCCCUUGUCAAUCUUAAUCUUUCUGGUAAUCCCUUCAAGAGGAUUGAAGCCUCCGUGAUAUCUAUAUUGACAAACAUGUGCUCCCUCCGAUCAUUAGACUUGUCAUCUAGCAUACCUAUUUUUGAAGGGUCGGGGCUAGGUCAGGGAAACUAUUCGGGAUGUGGAAAAUACGAUCUGGAAAUUUUAGUGUUGAGAGGAAGUGGAAUUAAGGACAGUUUGCCUAGUUGGUUUGGACAACUGUCAAAUUUGAAUAUCCUAGAUCUUGCAAUGAAUUUAUUCUAUGGUCCAAUUCCAUCAUCCUUUGGAAAUUUAUUGGCCUUGAAAACAUUAGAUCUUUCGGAUAAUCAGCUACAUGGGUCAAUUCCAGCUACCUUUGGACGGUUGUCAUCUUUAGGUUUAUUGGAUCUUUCUAAUAAUCACUUGAAUGGAAGCAUUCCUGAAAGCCUUGGACUACUGAGGAAUCUAGUGACCUUAAGGAUGGUUAAUAACUCAUUCACAGGUAUCAUAUCAGAGAUUCACCUUCGUAACCUUUCAAAUUUGAAGAAUUUGAAAUAG